AUGUCCGAAUCUAAGCCUAUGGAUGACCAUCGCAAGACCCUAAAAGAGGGCAAUCCUGAAGAUAAAAUCAGAGCAUGGCUUCAACUCACGAUCAACGAGAGUGGUCAUUCAAAACAGGGAGACUGGAUGAACACCCUCGUUCCUCACCUUGAACUCGUCUCUAGCAACGCUGAGGGUCCUCAUCCAUCUUGUGUAUUCUCCUAUACAGUUCAGCCCGACAAUUGCAACCGGUUGCAAAACCUUCAUGGUGGCUGCGCGGCUACGCUCUUUGACUGGUGCACGACGUUACCUAUCGCUUUGGUGAACAAGCCUGGCUUCUGGCAGCAUUUAGGUACCAUUGUCACAUCAACUUGUCGCGUUUAUACCAUCGAUGCAGGGUAA